GAGAAGAUGCUUUUUCUCUUUCCUUCAGCUGUUCAGCACUUCAGCUCAUCUCUUUCAAUCAGAGCUAUACGUGCCGUCUCUACAGACGGAACUUGCGAGGUCUGGACUCGUCCAGCAAGGAGGUGGCGGCAAGGGUGGGUAGCGGAGGUCCUGCGAACAGCCAGUCUCGUAUAACUGUGGACCACUACGCGUCGGCAUGGGUGCGCUGAAGAAAGGACGCCACCUUUACACGGCGGGUCUUCUACUUUUUCUGUAUUGCAUGUCAUCUGCCAUCUCCAAAGGUGCUACAGGGGAUGCUCAGUCAGGCGCCCAACCCUCAGUGCAGGGUACUCUGCCGCACUUCAUUCAGGAGCCAGAGGACGCCUACAUAGUCAAGAGCAAUCCUAUUAAACUCCGCUGUCGAGCCACACCUGCCUUGCAGAUCUUCUUUAAAUGCAAUGGAGAAUGGGUUCACCAGAAUGAGCACUUCUCCCACGAGUACAAAGACCUCAACACGGGGCUAAAGGUGAGGGAGGUGAUGAUCAACGUGUCCCGUCAGCAGGUUGAGGAUUUCCAUGGCCCAGAAGACUACUGGUGUCUCUGUGUGGCAUGGAGUCACUUGGGGACCUCCAAAAGUCGCAAGGCUACAGUCCGCAUCGCCUACCUGAGAAAAAACUUUGAGCAGAAUCCCCAGGGGAAGGAAGUGCCAAUCAACGGGAUGAUCGUUCUGCAUUGUCGGCCUCCAGAGGGAGUGCCUGUGGCAGAGGUGGAAUGGCUGAAGAAUGAAGAGCUGGUCAGUUCCCAAACUGACGACAACAUCGACACCAGGGCUGACCACAACCUCAUCAUAAAUGAGGCUCGUCUCUUUGACUCGGGAAACUAUACCUGCAUGGCAAGCAACAUUGUGGCCAAGAGACGGAGCACUACAGCCACUGUGACAGUUUUUGUCAAUGGCGGCUGGUCGCUUUGGACAGAGUGGUCUCCUUGUAACGUGCCAUGUGGGCGAGGUGUGCAGAAGAGAUCACGGACCUGUACGAACCCAGCGCCGCUGAACGGGGGAUCUUUCUGCGAGGGCAUGUCUGUGCAGAAGAUAUCAUGCAACUCCCCAUGUCCAAUCGAUGGAGGCUGGGAUGAAUGGAGUGAGUGGACCGUAUGCAGCAUCCAGUGUGAAAGACAACGAAGUCGAGAGUGCAACUCCCCAGCACCCAAACACAGAGGCAAGAUGUGUGAAGGGAACUCACAGGCCACUGAGAACUGCACAGAUGGACAAUGUACUCAGAAUCGAAAGCUGCUACAUGACGUUAAACCUCAAAGUAUGGACAGUACCAAUGACGUGGCUCUGUAUUCUGGCUUGGGAGCUGGUAUUAUUGCUGUGGGCAUACUGGUAGUGGCUAUCAUGCUGUACAGGAAGAACCAGAGCGAGUAUGGUGUAGAUGUCAUUGAUUCGUCUGCACUUGCUGGAGGCUUUCAGUCCUUCAACUUCAAGACCACUAGACAAGGAAACCCCCUACUUCUCAACUCCUCUCUCCCGCCAGAUUUAACUGUGGGACGCACCUACAGCACAUCCCUGUGCUUCCAGGACGGUGCAGACAAAGAGCUUUUUGACCCCUUGCCAGACAUAAAGGUAAAAGUGCAGAGCUCAUUUAUGGUCUAUGGUGUGGCGGAGCAGUCCGAGUUCCAUGCCAAAGCACCUGUUGAGACAUUCCCACGGGACCUGAGCCGGGAUUACUGCAGCUCAAUAGACAGACGCAAGAAAGGUCUGCUCACCUUCAAUGGACCUUUGGGCAUCGGUAAAGAGCAACUGAGGACCUCUGGUGUGUUUGGUCAACCUGGAGGACGGCUGGUGCUGCCCAACGCUGGAGUCAGCCUGCUGGUGCCACAUGGAGCCGUGGCUGAAAAUAUGUCGUGGGAAAUGUACAUGGUGAUCAGUUUGGGAGAAGCAAGUGUCAAUACACUGGAAGUGUGUGAGAUCCCCCUGAGCCCAGAGGUGAUGUAUGGUCCUCCUGGCCUGGACCUAUCUUGCCCAGUAGCCAUGACCGUGGCUCACUGUGCCGAAGUAGACUCUGAGAACUGGAACAUCCAUCUCAAGAGGAGAACCCAGGGCAGUAAAUGGGAGGAGGUAAUGUUGGUGGAGGAUGAGUCCGCUUCUUGUUACUGCCUAAUGGACACCACAAGCUGCCACCUGCUGCUCAACCAGCCUGGUUCCUACGUACUCGUGGGCGAGCCCUUGACACAGGCUGCCAUCAAGAGGCUGAAGCUGGCUGUGUUUGGGAACAUGGAGGGCACUUCCAUGAACUACAGCCUGCGGGUGUAUUGUGUGGAUGAUACACCCCAUGCCUUUCAGGGAGUGGUGGCAGCAGAAAAGAGCAGAGGCGGUCAGCUCCUCGAGGAGCCAAAGAUGUUGCCUUUUCGAGCAAACACCUUCAGCCUGCAGGUGUCUAUCCAGGAUGUCCCUCAGUUCUUGUGGAGCAUCAAACCCUUUACCACCUGUCAGGAAUUCCCCUUUGCCCAAGUGUGGUGCAGCAACCAGCAGCCUCUGCACUGUGCCUUCUCCCUGGAGAGAUACAGUCCCGCCACGACCCAGCUCUCCUGCAAAAUCAGCGUGCGGCAGGUCAAAGGCCAUGAACAGAUUCUGCAGGUUUACACAGCUGUUGGCAAGACUGAAAAGGAAUUGGUUCCAAUUUUCAUGCAGACGGACUGCACCAUCACCUCUCAGACGGGGCCCAGGGCUUUCAAAAUCCCCUUAUCCAUCCGCCAGAGGAUUUGCGCCACCUUUGACACUGCCAACGCCAAGGGCAAGGACUGGCAACUCUUAGCCCACAAACUCCAUUUAGAUCGAAACCUUGGUUAUUUUGCAAAGCAGCAGAGUCCCUCAGCCAUCAUCCUGUGCCUAUGGGAGGCCCGCCACCAGGACACGGCUGACCUCGACUCUCUCGCCAGUGCCCUUGAAGAAAUCGGCAAGAUCCACCCCAAAAGUUACCCCGAGGAUCUAGAUGAGGAGGAGACUGACUUGAAUCAAAUACAGGCGUGCAGCCUUAGAUGAACGUGCACAUUUCCAAAUGGUACAGCAGAGGACUCGGCAUCUCAAUAGCCAGGCUGAGGGAAGAGCAUCAGGCUGUCUGAAUGCAGAUGACAAACUGGUGAUGUAGAAACAUCGAUCUGUCCGAACAGGGAAAGAUUAGGCUUUACCUGCUGUGGAUUCAACUACUACUCUACUUUUUCUUAAUGAUGCUAAUCAACUUCUUCACAUUAUUAUUUUGUUUAUAAUUUCAUUUUCCUUGCUUGUAUUUCAUCCUAGUGGAUUGGUGGGUGAAGAAGUCAAGUCAUUUCUGAAUUGGCAUGAGAACAAAACUGAAAUGCACCAUCUCCUGGCGAUACUAUUGGCAGAAGAUAUUUAAUGCUUAAAUGUUGUAUUUAAAACUGUCUUGAAGAUUUUUGUUUUUCACAACAAAGAGCAAACAGAACAUUUUUCAGACUAAUAUACAAAGUGUAAUAAAAAAAUAUAUAUACAAUAUAGGCCUACUUUACGUGUAUCAUCUGUCCUACGGCAGCAUGGACAGUGUGACUAUCUGACAUGGUUACUGUCCAGUGAUAGUGAUUUCAUACCACAUUUUUAUAGCUGAUAACACUUUUUUUCCACUGCCAGAGAGAUGAGUUAAUUCCCGAGAGCUGUCGGGGGUGCAUGACUGUGACUUAUCAACCAAUUUCACCAUUAGGAGCUGUCAUGUUGACUUCACAUGAGCACACCAAAUUCAAUGCAUCUCUGUUUAUACUGGGGUAGCAGGAUGUUACCAAAACCGCAAGUAAAAUAUAUUCACUAUAUAGUUAGACACCACCAAAUGUUGACAUUGUUGCAAAUUUGGGCAGGGGUCAAAGGACAAACUCUAAAUAAUCUAACAGUCACUUCUCAGUAAUGUUCUGAUGUUGGUUUCACUCAUUUUUUUUCUUUCUUUUAUAUUUGUCAGACUAAUUAAGUUCACCCAGGAGGAAAGGCUUUGGGAGUUUAUGCUAACAGAGAACUGACUGAAAUAAUGAGUAGGUAAGACCGGCGACAUUUUUGACAUCUCUAACCAAGCUCUUUUGACCGAAGGCAGGGACGAACGCCGUAAAUAUUGAACGGGGCCGUGCAUGUAUACAAGAUCCACUAUCCAACUCAACAACAAAAUAACUAUAUACUGUACUUUAGCUCCCAGUACAGAAACCAACAUUAAAGCGCAAGAACUCAAUUAGUACCGUUUUUCACACACACAAAAAAAUCAAUUCACUCAAAAAUUUAAUACACAUAUUCCAGGCACAAAGUACUGUAUUUAUCCUGCAUAUUAUUCCAAAUUAACAAAAAAAUAUUAGGCCUUGUGUUCUGGAUUACAGCAGUAUAAGACUCAGUGUAAGUGAAACUAAGACAUGUCUAAUGAAUUGUGAUAUCACAAUUUAAAAUACAGUAAAAUCAACCUUUGGUGAUUUUGUCACUUUGUCACCUGUGGAUUUGCUUAUUGACAGAUUUAUUUAUGUUUCCCAAUAUCUUUUCCCGUUUGUUUGUUUGUUUGUUUGUUUGUUUGUUUGUUUUUACUUCACAGUCUAAUCAAGCGUUGGUUGUUACACAGUUUGGGGUAAAAUGUUCUAAAAUUAUAAGGCCCUGAUAAUGACUAAAUAAAAUAUGUUAUAUAUAUAUUAUAUAUAUAUAAUUGUUUUGUUAAAACAUUUAAAGAAAAUCAAUGUGGUUCUGCAGAAUGUUGGCACUUCAAGCACACUAACUUAUGAAUCUUUACAAGAAUAAAAUUGUACAAAAGGUACCACUGUGCACGAGCUACAACAAAACUUUUGUGGAGGUGACAAACCUAUUUUUCAUUUCACCUUCCAGUGUCAUCUUGACACGUGUGUCAAUUAUUGCCAGUGUCAGGCAUUGAGUGUAACACAUUACUUCGUACAAUUAGUUUUUGCAGUAUUACAAGUUGCUAAAUGUGUUCCAAUGGUGCAGACCACAAGACAAAUGAACUAAUAUUGACAAGAUAAUGGUUAAAUGAAACAAUCACUAUUAGAAGACUUUCUUAUUCAGAUCUCUCACAAGAUGCGUGCCUAUUUCAACAAAAUUCCAAACACUUUAUUUUUACAUAAUGGUCAGCACUUUACAUGGCUGAAGAGGGAUUGUGAGACCAAUCACUGUCAUUGUUUUAUGGAAGAAAAUGCAAAACGUGUUGAAAAUAUGGAACAAACCCAAUUAAAAAAAAAAAAAAGCAGUGUUUAGAAAUGUGAAGAAGAAUCAUUAUUCCUAAUAGAUGUUUUUUUGAAAUGCUGAAAUCCUUAUUAAAUAAAUUAAUCCCAGAUUUAAAGAAAAAUAGCAAUAAUUUAUUACACGACACAGUAAUAUUGUAAGAAAAAUAACUUCAAAUGCAGAUACCUAAAGUAAUACACUGUUUACGUUUUGGAAAUAAAUUGCCCAACAUUGGUUAUCUGCUUCCUU